AAGAAUUCAAUUUUGACUUUUUUUGAAGUUGCAGGCUAUUUCCUCUUAAGCCUUUCAUCAUCACACUGAACAAAGCAUAAACGAGUCACCAACUUGGAAAGUUUGGUACAGUUUCUUUCAACCCCCACCAAGCUGCAAGCUUCGGAAAUUCCCCUCUGAGAAGCAGACCAGAUUUUUCUCUGGGUCCAAGGAAGAAGAUACCGUCGCUAUGGCUUUGAAGUUUUCUCUUGUUCUGGUUCUGCUCGUAAUAUAUUCGAGCGCAGUGGAGGCUGUUUCCAGCAACGACAAUCAGAACUGUCUCAAGAAAAAUGGUUCUUCUCUCGCUGCCAUCAAAAUGCCUGAUCAUCCAGGCCUCAAUACGGCGUCUUCUUCUGCAUAUACUGACUGUAGCUUCUCAAAGUCUGAGAAAUUUGGGCAUUCAGGAAUAACCACAUCAGAUGAAGAUACUGGUGAUGAUUAUGUAGCAACACCACAGAAACAAUUGCUAAAGCUCGAUCUGAAACGUCGACCUGUGACGGUGAGUGAAGAUGCCGAGCCAAAAAAACCUGUGAUUGAUUUCACUAUUCGGGACUUGACCAGAAUCCAGACCCUUCAUAGAAGGGUCAAGGAGAAGAAGAACCAAAACACUGUUUCAAGGCUGCAGGAAACACAGCUCAAAUCAAAGCAGGCUGUUACUCCGGCGCCGGCACAGGCAGCUGUGCCGGAGUAUUUCAUAAAUGCGUAUCCCGGCCGGCUUGUGGCAACAUUGGAAUCAGGGGUCAGUCUUGGCUCUGGAGAGUACUUCAUGGAUGUGUUUGUUGGUACACCUCCAAAACAUUUCUCUUUGAUACUUGAUACAGGCAGUGAUCUUAACUGGAUCCAAUGCGUUCCUUGUUAUGUUUGCUUUGAGCAAAGUGGACCUUACUAUGAUCCUAAGGAUUCAAGCUCCUUCAAGAACAUAAGCUGCCAUGACAAAAGGUGCCAGUUAGUGUCAUCCCCAGAUCCACCUCAGGCUUGCAAGGCUGAGAAGCAGAGCUGUCCUUAUUUCUACUGGUAUGGGGAUAGCUCCAAUACAACUGGGGAUUUUGCUCUCGAGACUUUCACAGUUAAUCUCACCACAUCUGAAGGGAAGUCUGAGUUGAAGCGUGUGGAGAAUGUAAUGUUUGGUUGUGGACAUUGGAAUAGAGGUCUGUUCCAAGGAGCUGCUGGGUUGCUGGGACUAGGAAGAGGGCCAUUGUCAUUUGCUUCUCAGCUUCAAUCUCUUUAUGGUCAUUCAUUUUCCUAUUGCCUUGUGGAUAGAAACAGCAACAGUAGCAGCAAACUGAUAUUUGGGGAAGACAAGAAACUUCUCAGCAACCCAAACUUGAAUUUCACCUCAUUUGUGGGUGGGAAAGAAAACCCAGUUGAUACAUUUUACUAUGUGCAGAUAAAAGCUGUCAUGGUUGGUGGUGAAGUACUGAAGAUACCAAAGGAAACUUGGCUUGUAUCUGCAGAAGAAGGUGGUGGUAGUGGUGGAGGAACCAUCAUUGAUUCUGGCACUACUCUAACUUAUUUUGCAGAGCCUGCUUAUCAGAUUAUCAAGGAGGCUUUCAUGAAGAAGAUCAGGGGCUACAAGAUGAUUGAAGAAGGCCGUUUUCCUUUAAAGCCUUGCUAUAAUGUUUCUGGGUUUGAAGCUGUUGAGCUGCCUGAUUUUGGGAUCAUGUUUGCAGAUGGAGCUGUUUGGGAUUUCCCUGUGGAAAAUUACUUCUUUGAGAUUGAACCAAGUGCUGUUGUUUGUUUGGCAAUUCUGGGCACUCCUCAUUCAGCUCUUUCCAUAAUUGGGAACUAUCAGCAGCAGAACUUUCACAUCCUCUAUGAUCUCAAGAAUUCCAGACUCGGAUUUGCACCAGUGAAUUGUGCUGAUUGCAAUGCGAUUGUGCUUCUUCCCCUUGCGUCCAGCCAUCCAUCGUCCCAAAUGGUUUCGUUCAGGUUUCACCAGUACCAGGUGGUGGGAAGGGCCCUUCCUACAGAGACAGAUGAGCACCCCAAGAUCUAUCGGAUGAAGCUUUGGGCCACCAAUGAGGUCCGUGCCAAAUCCAAGUUCUGGUAUUUCCUGAGAAAGCUGAAGAAGGUGAAGAAAAGCAAUGGGCAAGUGCUAGCCAUUAAUGAGAUUUAUGAGAAAAAUCCUACCAAGAUUGAUAACUAUGGAAUCUGGCUGCGAUAUCAAAGUAGAACUGGUUAUCAUAACAUGUACAAGGAAUACCGAGACACCACCCUCAAUGGUGCGGUUGAACAAAUGUACACUGAAAUGGCAUCACGUCACAGGGUGAGGUUUCCAUGCAUCCAGAUCAUCAAGACAGCCACCAUUCCUGCAAAGAUGUGCAAACGAGAGAGCACCAAGCAAUUUCACAAUUCUAAAAUCAAGUUCCCAUUGGUGUUCAAGAAGGUCAGGCCGCCAAGUAGGAAGCUGAAGACAACUUACAAGGCAUCAAGGCCCAACUUGUUCAUGUGAUUUGGACAAAUCACUUUCCUUUUGCUUAUCUCUGAGAAGUUGUUUGAUUUAUUAGUGAACUUGCAAGAGCUAGAAAAGCUAAUCGUAUAGCACCAAACAUCACCACAUGCAACUGCAAGCUUUUAAGCUUUGAGCAUUUUGUUUCGGAGAGUUGUUUUGAUAUUUUGCCGAUCCGCAUCAACUUACUCAUAAUUAAUUGUUAAAUUUUAUUGGAAAGGCGAUUUUUGGUUUAUUAUGAUAUGAGAUUUGUUUGUACAAAUUCCAUUUAACCAUUACUUUAGCUGCAAAAAUGUCUUAAA